UUGAAAAAAAGCAAAACACUGAAAAAAGCUUCACAGAAACAUACGAGCUCCGCAGCAUCACCUGGUGCUCAUCAUCCGGUAAAGAGAGGGCGAUUCGUCCUCUUUCCCGUCAUUAAUUUUAUUCCUUCCGUCCUUCCAGCACCACCUCCCGGUUUUUAACAUUCUUCUGCGUGCUUUGUUUCUGUAAAUCAGUGCAUCAAUUCCUUCUUAUAAAUGGAUGGAAAUGGAACAAUCCAAGAUGGUAGAACUGUUGAUUCAUUCUUGCGGAACUACAAGCUUGGGAAGACUCUUGGGAUUGGCUCGUUUGGUAAAGUUAAAAUUGCUGAACAUGCAUUGACUGGCCACAAAGUUGCUGUCAAGAUCCUUAACCGCAAGAAAAUUAAGAAUAUGGAUAUGGAAGAAAAAGUUCGAAGAGAAAUCAAAAUUUUGAGAUUGUUUAUGCAUCCACAUAUCAUUCGUCUCUAUGAGGUCGUGGAGACACAAUCUGAUAUUUAUGUUGUGAUGGAGUAUGUUAAGUCUGGUGAAUUGUUUGAUUAUAUUGUGGAGAAAGGCAGGUUACAUGAGGAUGAAGCCCGCAAUUUCUUUCAGCAGAUAAUCUCGGGAGUGGAGUAUUGCCAUAGGAAUAUGGUGGUUCACCGUGAUCUGAAGCCUGAGAACUUGCUUUUGGAUUCUAAAUUGAAUGUGAAGAUUGCUGAUUUUGGCUUGAGUAACAUCAUGCGCGAUGGUCAUUUCUUGAAGACAAGUUGUGGAAGCCCCAACUAUGCUGCUCCAGAGGUUAUAUCUGGUAAAUUAUAUGCGGGGCCUGAAGUGGACGUCUGGAGCUGUGGUGUUAUUCUCUAUGCACUUCUUUGUGGCACCCUUCCCUUCGAUGAUGAAAACAUUCCUAAUCUUUUCAAGAAAAUUAAGGGCGGGAUUUAUACGCUCCCCAGCCAUUUAUCGGUUGAUGCUAGAGAUUUGAUUCCUAGGAUGCUUAUUGUUGAUCCAACUAAGCGAAUGACUAUUCCCGAGAUUCGUGCUCACCCUUGGUUCCAAGCUCAUCUGCCUCGCUACUUAGCUGUUCCACCGCCAGAUACAACACAGCAAGCUAAAAAGAUUGACGAAGAGAUUCUUCAGGAAGUGGUUAAUAUGGGAUUCGACAGGAAUGGGCUUCUCGAUUCUAUUCAAAACAGAGUUCAAAAUGAGGGUACUGUUACGUACUAUCUGCUGCUAGACAACAGGUUCCGUGUUUCUGGUGGCUACCUUGGAUCUGAAUUCCAAGAAACUGUGGAACACGGAUAUAAUUCAACUAAUCCAAGUGAAAGUGUAGUCUCUCCUGUCGGGCAACGAUCUCCUGGAGCUAUCGAUUAUCAACAAUUUGGGGGAAGGCAAUUUCCAUCCGAGAGGAAAUGGGCACUUGGACUGCAGUCUCGAGCCCAUCCACGUGAGAUAAUGACAGAAGUUCUCAAAGCUCUGCAAGAACUUAAUGUAUACUGGAAAAAGAUUGGGCCCUACAACAUGAAAUGCAGGUGGGUUCCCGGCUCUUCUGGUCAUGGUGAAGGAGCAAUUAAUAACUCUAUGCAUGACAAUAAUUAUUUCGAGGAUGAAUCUUCUAUCGUUGAGCAUGAUGUCAAUAUUAAGCCACAGAAUGUGGUUAAAUUUGAAGUGCAGCUUUACAAGACACGCGAAGACAAAUAUUUGCUUGAUCUGCAGAGAGUUCAGGGUCCGCAGUUCCUCUUCCUUGAUCUAUGCGCUGCAUUCCUAGCUCAGCUACGUGUUCUCUGAAGUUGGGCAGUGAAACUUCUUCUCGUCCGGGGUGGAGAACAGCAAGGUGAUGUUUGUGUAUAUAAUUGUUACCAGCUAAGUGCCGAAUCUCCUCCUUAGAGAUGAACGUUGUGCCAAGCCAAUAAAUUUUUGCUCCGACUCACUAGGAGUUGGCUCCUGCAACGACCAGUUCUCAUUUCAUCUACUGUAACUUUAUAUUAUGCAACCGUAAAGAGAUCAAAGCAUCUCUUCAACACCUAAAAAAUUUCUGGUAGUCAACAUAUGACAGGUGUAACUUUGCAUAUGUAAUCAUGUAAUAGAAGUUCAACUAAAAAGAUGAUCUUUUGCAGCUUAAUGUUUACUCAACAGUUAUCUA